GCUGUUAAAAAAGAAGGUUUAUAUCUAGACUUUGGUGAUUUAUCAUUUUGAUAAUUUAUAAUACAGGAUUUCUAGAAACAAACUUUUAUAUAUGAUAAUACUUUUGCUAUAUGAUGAUUCCAAAUAUUUCAGUAUUCUACAUAUUAGAAGUCAACUAUAUAUAUAGAUAUCCAAAGAUCCUUUUAUUUUUAGUAUAGUUUUAUGGAAGACUUUCAAGUUAUGUUUAUUAUUGGACCAGAUUAAACAAAUAUUAACUGCAAGCACUACUGGGUAAACGCAAGUGCUAUCUUUUUUUUUGUCAACCAAGUGCUAUCUAAACCGGCCCACAGGGUUUGGUCGGUUUCCACAAAUUUCAAAUUUACGUAACUAUAGUUACAUUUAUUAUGAAUCACAUAUGAAGUCAAAUGUAACAACCUCAACUACACUAAAUUCAGAUAAAAUAUUAUUUUUCAUUUUUCGUUUCUGAUUUAAAUGUAUACACCAUAACUAUAAAAGACAGAAAUGGAAAAUAUUAUCUGGAAAAACUACUACCUGGGGAUCUUAAAUACAUUACCAGUAGGCCAAUAUAGUUAAUGGAUGAAGAAUUAAAUGUUUCCAUAAGUUAUACAUUAAAAUUUCUCAUGGUGUCUACAUUUAGUCAAAUUUAACAACAAAGAAUUACUUAGGACAUAUGACAUGCCUCUGACCAUCCAACCAUAUAGUCUUUCAAGGCCAACUUCUAUAUUCAGUCCCCUAUUUAAAAAAUAAAAAAAUUGAAAGAAUACUGACGAAAUGAAUUAAAUAUCAUUGAUAAAUAUUUCGAGAGCCAAUGUAGUAAAUACUUCUAGUAUUUCUUUUCACAUACUAAUUUAUCUUUUGGAUGAACAUAACUCGUUGUCCUAUUUUUAUUUCUUUUAUGGCGUAAAAACCUGUAUAUCAGUAUCAAUAAAAUCACGUAAAGAUAUUCACGUGCUAGUUAUCAAUAUUAUAUUAUACAAUCUCUCUAUGCGUGGUUCUAUAUAAACUCAUACUUUCAAAGUAAUCUCAAAUACUAAUCCCAUGAUCAACAAGAACAAUAUUAAUAGCAACACCUCAUUUUCCCUCUCGUUUUCUCACUAGCCUCUCCCAUUGAUUAAACAAUGACUACUAAUCCCAGUUUAAGCAUCAUCGCACUAAUGACGCUCUUGAUGUGUCUAACUCCAACCUUAAUCAAAUCACAGGAGGGCAUUGAUGUCCUUUUACCCAUAACACUCAACCUCACCGUCCUCACCGAUCCCUUCUCCAUCUCCGCCGCUUCUCGCGACUUCGGAAAUAUCACCGAUGUUAACCCCGGCGCCGUCCUCUGCCCUUCUACCCCCGCUGAGGUCGCCCGUCUUCUCCGCUUCGCAAACGGAGACUUCUCUUAUGACAGCGAGUCAACAACCUCCUCGCCAGGUUUCAAGGUGGCCGCUCGCGGCCAAGGCCACUCCCUCCGCGGCCAAGCCUCUGCACCUGGCGGCGUUGUCGUGAACAUGACGUGUCUCGCCAAGACGGCUACACCCGCAGCGGUUGUUGUCUCAGCCGAUGGGACUUACGCUGACGUAGCUGCCGGCGCGAUGUGGGUGGAGGUUCUUGAGGCGGCGUUGGCGAGAGGCGUCUCGCCGGUUACUUUCACAGAUUAUCUGUAUCUCAGCGUUGGCGGGACGUUGUCGAACGCUGGAAUCGGCGGUCAGGUGUUUAGACACGGCCCGCAGAUUAGUAACGUUCACGAGUUGGAUGUUAUUACUGGAAAAGGUGACAUGGUGACUUGCUCUCCAAAGUUAAACCCUGAAUUGUUCUAUGGAGUUUUAGGAGGAUUGGGACAAUUUGGCAUAAUAACAAGAGCCAGAAUUGCGUUGGAUCAUGCACCAACAAGGGUGAAGUGGCUACGCAUACUCUACAGUGACUUCUCGGCAUUUACAAGAGACCAAGAGCGUUUAAUAUCAAUGGCCAAUGAUCUUCGAGUUGACUUUUUGGAAGGUCAACUAAUGAUGUCAAACGGAAUAGUUGACACCUCUUUUUUCCCACUCUCCGAUCAAACAAGAGUCGCCUCUCUUGUGAAUGAGCACCGUAUCAUCUAUGUUCUCGAAGUAGCCAAGUAUUAUGAUACCACCACCCUUCCUAUCAUUGACCAGGUAAUCGACACGUUAACUAGAACUCUAGGUUUCACUUCGGAGUUCAUGUUCAUGCAAGAUGUUCCUUAUUUUGAUUUCUUGAAUCGUGUCCGAAACGAAGAAGAUAAGCUCAGAUCUAUAGGGCUAUGGGAAGUUCCUCACCCAUGGCUUAAUAUGUUCGUCCCGAAAUCUCGUGUAUUAGAUUUUCAUGAAGGUGUCAUCAAAGGCCUUCUUCUCAACCAGACCGCAACUUCUGGUGUUACUCUCUUCUAUCCUACAAACCGAAACAAAUGGAACAACCUCAUGUCCGCCAUGAUACCAAAUGAGGAUGUUUUUUAUGUGGUCGGAUUCUUGCAAUCAGCGGGUGGAUCACAUAACUUUGAAGAACUCGAGAGUCUUAACGACAGGAUAAUCAACUUUUGCAAUAACUCAGGCAUUAAGAUCAAAGAAUAUUUGAUGCAUUACACAAAAAAAGAAGAUUGGAUUAAGCAUUUUGGACCAAAAUGGAGUGAUUUCUCGAGGAGGAAAAUGAUGUUUGAUCCAGAAAAACUAUUGUCUCCGGGACAAGACAUCUUUAAUUAGACAUUGAACGUGUCUUAACUUGCAUCCCGCGCCACACAAUAAGUAUGUUCAUAGACUAAUUAAUUAAUAAAUAGUUUAGUGAUUUGGAAUGGCUAAUUUACUUCCUUCAAUUGUAAUAUUUUCCCUCUUUUAUGUGAAUUUCCAUGUCUCUGAAAAUUUAGAACUACUUAAUUGUUAUAUAUAUUCUCAU